CGCAAUUUGGAUGUCUCAAAUUUGCCAACGCAAUCCAUUCUGGGAAAUAAGCGAUGAUUAGAUGACUUUAAUUUGUAAAGCAUAUCUCAAUCCUAAUCUAUGUGAUGCAGCAAUCAUUGUUUGCCAUUUCCUCUCAUUGUUGCCGCAUUCAACCAUGCCUUGAGAGCAAAUUGGAUAGCCUCGUGGGCUUAUUUGGCGCUGGCUGUCAACCUACUUCCACAGCUGACCCCUUUGGUCUUCGAAGAAUUUGUUAUGGACUUGUUCAAAUACUUGUAGAAAACAAGAGGAAUCUUGACUUGAGUAAUUCUUUGAGGCUAGUGGCAAAUGUGCAGCCCAUAGAUAUUGAUGACAACCAAAUACAAGACGUAUGGCAGUUUGUUACUCGAAGAUUAGAACAACUUUUGAAAUUUGUUCAUGCUCUUUGUACGAGGUGGUCAUGCUUCCGUUACCCAAGUUUCCGCAUUUUAGAUGGAAACCUUUGCUGAACCUUAAUAUUCCAAUGACAUGAUAUAUUGUGAUAUGUUACAGCAAAUUUAGUUCAGUAAAUGUUUUUAAAAAAAGUGGUUCUUUUGGUAGAAGAAUUCACUUUUUAUUGGGAUAUUUUUUUCUAGCAGAAAAGUAGAAAGUAAAUUUGAGCAAUUUAAAAUUAACUCAA